GUUCCUGGAGUAUCUGUCAGACCUGUGCGUCUCUAACAACGUAGCCAUCCCCAUCACGCAGGAGCUGAUCUGCAAUGCUGUCCUCAAUCCCAGGAACUUGGACAUCCUCUUGGAGACGAGACUCGUGAAGACGCAGGUGGAGGUGGAGAGAGACGACGUGCCCCACGGAGACCUGGUCGCGUACGAAGAGGAGGAGGAAGUCUUCCUCUACUGGGACAGCGGCAGGAAGAGCAAGAGCAUCCGGGAGCUGUCUAUAGGAGCCUCCAGCGGGAAGUCAGAGGACGCGAAGAUACUGCAAUACUACAGGCGGGAUUAUCGAAUCACGUGUCUGCUGUCGAUCUUCAAGAAUGAGCUAGAGGGCAGCGCCAACACUGCCGAGCAGAUCGAGAAAACUGGUACGUAG